AUGACUGGAAAAGGCUUUCAACUGAGGAGCUGCAGGUUGUCAGAGAUCAGCUGUACGCAUUUGGUCUUUGCUUUGAAGUCCAACCCCUCCCAUCUGACAGAACUGGACUUGAGCGGAAACCAAGACCUGAAAGAUGCUGGAGUGAAGGAGCUCUGUGGUUUUCUCCAGAAUCCCCUCUUCAAACUACAGAUAUUGAGAUUGAGGAGUUGCAGUUUGUCAGAGAUCAGCUGUUCUUCUGUGAGAUUGGCCCUGAAGUCCAACCCCUCCCAUCUGACAGAACUGGACAUGAGCGAGAAUGAAGACCUGAAAGAUGCUGGAGUGAAGGAGCUCUGUGGUUUUCUCCAGACUCCCCUCUGCAAACUACAGAUAUUGAGAUUGAUGAGCUGCAGUUUGUCAGAGAUCAGCUGUUCUUCUCUGGGAUUGGCUCUGAAGUCCAACCCCUCCCAUCUGACAGAACUGGACCUGAGCUACAACAACCUGGAAGAUGCUGGAGUGAAGGAGCUCUGUGGUUUUCUCCAGACUCCCCUCUGCAAACUACAGAGAUUGAGACUAAAGAGCUGCAGGUUGUCGAAGAUCAGCUGUGAUUCUCUGUGUUCAGCUCUGAAGUCCAACCUGUCCCAGCUGACAGAACUGGACCUGAAGUACAACAGCCUGAAGGAGUCAGAUGUUCAGCAACUGGAGGAUCUUGUAAAGAAUCCAGACUACAAACUGAAAUCUGUGAGGUGGAGGUGAUGACGUUAGUAG